ACUUUUGAAGAUUGCAGAGAACCUCGGAGUUAGCAUUCUCAACACCUGCCUUCAUUGCUUUGGAAGAGAUGGAGAGGAAGUGGGUUCAAGGGAUUUAAAACUCCUCUUUUUAAAACCCAAAGCCCCCCUCACACUUUGUAAGCCUUACUUCCUUCUAUAAGGUUGUGGGUCAAGAAGGAACAGAUGUUUACUCUCAUGUUUUAGAUGGAGAAAGAGAGUCUAAGGGAUGUGCCCAGCCCACAGAGUGAGAUAGGGCAAAGAUGGAUCUAGAACACCUGCUCCUUGGUCCUCCACCACCACCUGUCACUUCAUAAAUCAUCUGUUCACGUAUUCCAAGUACAUCCUCUGUGCCAGGCAUGGUGCUGGGUUCUGGGGCCUCCAACCCCAUUCCUCCUGCCCAUGCCAUGUGGCCUGAAUGUUGCAUUUUGGGCCGUUAUCCUGCCAGGGGCUGGACUUCAGAGCCCAAUCACAGGCUCUGUCAACCAGGCUUUCACUGCAGCACUAAGCCACAUUUCAGCAGGGCUCCAAACAGAUGGAAAAAAUUAAUAAAUGCGUAAAAUUCAUUUUCUUUCCUCCCACCCCACCAAGAGUCAAGCUGGUGGAUAAUUACGGGAUGGCUGCCAAAGGAGUUGAUCUUCAGCAUUGACUUACAGCAUUUUUACUGCUCCAUCUGACGGCCAAUUUAGUCAUUUCCCUUUACAAUUUUGUGGACUCUCUCCUUUCUGCAGGAAAUUCGAAACUGUAAUCAGGCCACGACUGGAACAGGGAGAAAAGGAGUGGGGAGCAGCCGAGGAAGGCAGGGGCUGAACCCAAGGGAAGGGGCAGAAGGAAGAAGCCACAUGUUUGCUUGGCUGGAGGGGUCAUGGGUAUUGGAGGAAAUACAGUAACAACAAUAACAACAGUAUUAAGCAGUGCCAUGCAGCGAGCACUUUCGAUGAGUCAGGACUGUGUUAAGCACUCGACCUACUUAGACUAUUUCAUUUAAUCCUCCAUCAUGGAUUCUUCCACUAAUAUUGCUCUAGACUCGGGGUAAACUGAGGAGCAGGACAGACCAGGCCCUGGCCUUUGUGGAACUGCCAUUCCAGGCAGAGGAGACAGACAAUAAACACAGAAGUCAUAUCAUUUCAGUUGCUGAUGAGUGCUGCGACAAAGUAAUAAACAGAGAGCCUGGGAACUGCUUUGCACAAGGCAUCGGAGAAAGCUUCUCUGAGGAGCCUGAAGGACAAAAAGGAUAGAAUCAUGCAAAGAUCAAAAUAUGGGGAGUGGAGGGGAAGUGGGGGAGGGAACAUUCCACGCAGAGAGAAUAGCAAGUGCAAAGGCCCUGAGAAUGGGGGAAGGGUGCUGUGACCCAGAAACUACCAGGGAGAGGGAGGAGAGGGAAAUGAGGUCCUAGCAAGAUCAUCGAUCAGAUCUUGUGGACCAUGGGGGAUUUCGUUCUGUUGGCAAGGCUGGAUCUAGAAUGCCUAAUUCUUGACCCUCCACCAGCUGCCAUUCCGUAAGUCAUCUGUGUGUGUGUUGCAGGCACCUACUGUGUGCCAGGCACCGUGCUAGAGGAAAGGAAAGGGUGGCAAGGUCUCCCCGACACCCCCCCCCCCCCACCUCUUGGGAAAGGGUGUUGUGCUUAGUGAACUGGUUAUUCGGGACUUUCCAGUGGGCAGUGGAUAUCAUUUGUGUUCUUGGCAGCGUGACAGCAGCAGCACCUAACUUCUCUGAGGAAUUGUUGUUCACCAGAUGCUCUGCACAUCCCCACAGCCCCAUGCAGUGGGGGCAACUGUUACCCCACCUUUGGUGAAGUGACAGAUAAAACGGAGCGACACGCUCUGAUUCAUGCUUUCGCAAAACGAUGGCUUCAGCUGUACACACACACCUUACCCCAUUUAGCUCUGCAAUAUGAGUGCUUCACAAACACACGCACACACACACGACAUCGUGCCCCCAAGGCCACACAACUAUCAGGGACAGAGCUACAGUUCAAGCCCAAGGUCUCUUUAGCCUUAACCUCUGCCACAAGCUGGCAUCACGGAGAAGGAAGGGGCUGGCAAAUGAGGAGGAGAGUGACUGCCGGGGGCACUUUGAGAACUUGGCCCCAGGCCUGGAAUCCGGCCUUCAGAUAUUUUCUUGGCCUGAGCCCAGACCAGCCGCCCUCCAGCCCUCCCAGGCAGCCUGCUACCCAGUUGAAUGAAGGAGUCUGCUCUCAGAGUUUCUGCUGUGGGAGAGCCCCGGACCCCAAGCAUCUUCAAAGGUCUAUUAUUAAUGGGGCUGUCCAGCUGAAGCUGACAUCCCCACGCAGCCGUCCCAGAGCUCUGCACCUCAGCCAGCCCACGGCCUCCACUAUCUGGCCCUGUCUGCUGAGCAGUGCCCAGCAAGGCGAGAAGGCCAAGUCCUGCCUGCUGGGCCAGCCAGAGGUCACCCGCCGCGCCUGAGCUACCGGUGUGUGAUGAGAGGACUGCCCCACAUCUUCCCUCGUUUCCCAGCUGCCUCAGUUUCCCUUCCUGAGAGAGGCAGGGUUCUGGGAGGUGAGGAGCUGCAGGGACCCAAGAAGGGCAUGGAAGCCGCCUGGGGACACUGGCCCCUCUGUCAGGAUCAAUCGUCCUAAGCCUGUCUGAGGCGCUCCGGGCUUAGAAGCAGCUGUGAAAGCCGCCUUUGUGCCCAGAAGAAUGAGCCGCAAGAGGACAGGGGGCCCUGGCCCCGGGAGCCCCUUGGGUCCUGGCUCCUGAGAUCAACGCCAGCAGGGAGGACCCCAGCCUGGCCCCUGCAGCCCACCCAGGCCUGGUGCCCACUUCGUGCCAUGGGAGCAGCCCAGGGGAAGAAGAAAACAUACUCUCCUCAGGCCAGAUUUCAUAGUGAAAAUGAGAAGCAGAGACGAAAUGGCUCAGCCGCCAUGUACUCGGAGAUCCAGAGGGAGCGGGCGGACAUCGGGGGCCUGAUGGCCCGGCCAGAAUACAGAGAGUGGAAUCCGGAGCUCAUCAAGCCCAAGAAGCUGCUGAACCCCGUGAAGGCCUCUCGGAGUCACCAGGAGCUCCACCGGGAGCUGCUCAUGAACCACAGAAGGGGCCUUGGUGUGGACAGCAAGCCAGAGCUGCAGCGUGUCCUGGAGCACCGCCGGCGGAACCAGCUCAUCAAGAAGAAGAAGGAGGAGCUGGAAGCCAAGCGGCUGCAGUGCCCCUUUGAGCAGGAGCUGCUGAGACGGCAGCAGAGGCUGAACCAGCUGGAAAAACCACCAGAGAAGGAAGAGGAUCACGCCCCCGAGUUUAUUAAAGUCAGGGAAAACCUGCGGAGAAUUGCCACACUGACCAGCGAAGAGAGAGUGCUGUAGGGCCAGCUGCUGGGCUCAGGCCACCACCCACCCUGGCCUGGACAGCCUCCUCCAGCCCUUCUGCACCUGGCAGCCCUGGGCCCCAGGCCCUGGGACGUCUGUGAUGUUCCCACCUGCUUCUGUAGAAAUGUGUCACCCCAGAGGGCCUGGCUCUCCCUAGGAGGCUGGGGCCCCUAAGCUCCUAGGCUUUUCCUGCCAAGCACCCAGCCCUCCUACUCCAAGAGGGAAAACUUGCGCCCCUCCCUGCAGGGGGUUCAGAGCCCAGCACAGGAGGUUUCUCUGGCAGAAUUGAGGAGGAACAGGCGGCCCUCUGGCUUGACAAGCCUUCUGUUCUGCCCAGGCCUUCCCACCAGGAAUCUCCGAGGCUCCCCAGGGUCCCGCUUCUCCGUGCACCCCAGCUCCUAGGACUCAGAGAACUCCCCCACCUGUGGUUUUACCUGCAGCCAGCAGAGCUUAGCUUCAAGGACACCUGCCUCCAAAGCCACUGAGGGGAGGAAGGACAGGGCAGACUGCAGGUGGCCUUGUUGCUGGCAUCCCGGCCAGGUGGGAGGGGACUAACAAAGACAGCUGUUUAGGGUCUUCUCCCCUCACCCAUGCUUUCAUCAUCCCCUCCGCACAGCCUCCCCGUCCAGGCCUUCUAACCACACCUAGCCAGGGCUGCCGCAUUCCUGCACUCGGAAGUCUGCAGCAGUGCCUCACAAACUUGAUUGUGCAUAAAAAUCACUGGGGAUCUUGUUAAUACAGCUUCUAAUUCAAUAGAUCUGGGAGAUCCUGCAUUUCUAACAAGCUCCCAGGUGAGAAGGAGGCUGCUGGUGUGAGGACCAUGCUGUGAGCAGCAGGGUGAGAGUGCCCAGGGCUGAUAUUUAUUAGAAAUAUCACCCCUGAAGCCAUCGCUGGCCCCCACCUCCCAUGGACUGAUGCCCUAGGGAUUCCCACCCCACCUCUGCAACCCCAGGUAGUCUUCAUUAUCCACCCCACCCCAGACUCCCACCCCCAGGGGUUCCCCGUGAAGACUUUGGCCUAGCAAAUUGUGUUGGUUAUGUGAGUGUUGUUUUAAUCAGAGAUGUAUGUGAUUGCCAAUCUGCAUUUCUUACCAGUGUGACCACACUGUUACGAUGCAAUUCUAGCCAAAAAAAAAAAAAAAAUUUUUUUUUACUUUUUCCUACAGUCUUAUGGAAAGCAAAUAUACAAUGAUUUUCAGUACGCUUCUGGAAUAGAAACAGUGGUUUGAAGACCCCACUGCCACCUUUAUGGACUGGCCCCUUUGAGUCUGAAUCCCCGGCCUCUGUCACCUGAGACCCAACCCCUAGCUGGGCCAACUCCAGUGAAUUCACCCAUUUUUCUUCUUCAGAAGGCCUUUCCUGUGUGAGACCCACAUAUUUUAACCUUUUGCUCCUAUCCCAUUUUUAAAGAAUUAGAGAAUAAACCAGGCCUGUUUCUUUUCCCCUGAAAUCCCUGCCUCUGGCUUCCUAAACCCAUCAUCUAAGGUGACAGAGCAGUGCUGGAAUAGCAUCUCCUUUCACUUCCCCAAGACUGCCACAGAUAGCUGCCACUGGCAUGCUCUUUGAUUCCUGGAAGCAAACGUGGGACUGUCGGAGGAAAGGGAUUGUUCUGGUCUUACUCAUAACUGGGUGGUUUGAGGGUGACUGAAGUCGUACUUUUCCUGUGUGUGCUGCCAGCACAGGGCUGUAAAUGCAGAUAUUCCGCCUGUGUGCGUGUGUAUAAGUCAAGCUCCAAGAGGCUCCUGAAUGUGACUGGUGUGCUGAGAAUGUGUUUACGCUGUUUAACGUCUGCCAGGUGAGGGUUACGCUGAAGAUGCACAAUCCCUAAAAUAAAGAUCACCACUUCCCCAAAGCAGCAGCCCUCGGGUCCAUGUGUUGUUCAGACAUGUGAAGAGAAGCAAGACAGAGGGUCUCAGAUGGACGAGGGCUCUCCAAGGGAAUGCCUGGGGCUUCACCCAGUGGUCCCCAGAGGUGCUCCAUGGAGCCAACAUGUCAUUCCGUGAAGCCCCAGAAGUAGAAGGGACCUCAAGCACCAUGCCUUCCAGGGCAGCCGUGCAGAUGACCUUGGUUCACUCUUCAGGGGUCGUCCCAACUCUGUACCUCCAGCCACUCCAACUAUGGAGGCUGUAAAUCCAGAUUCUCACUGUUCCAGUCUCCUUUGCAGCUUAGGAAGGCUAUGUGAUCAGGUGUGGCCAAUGAAAUUGAAGAGGAAGUCUACAUGGGCUUCUGGGAAAGCUUAUGCUUUUCCAAUAAAAGACACAGGCAUGGCUAACACCUCCCUGGGCGUCUUCUUCCUACCUUGAUUGAGGGUGUGAUGCCUGGAGCCACAACAGCCACUUUGCUACCAUGAGAAAAAGGCCAAGAGAAUCACAGAGUCAUUGACCCUAUCGUUAUUUCACCAAGCCAAUGCCAGCCGCCAUCCUUCUGCAGAAUUCUUGUAAAUAAAAUAAAUCCCUCUUUGUUUAAA